GUCUGUGGACAUUCCCUAAUGUGUUUCCAAGGUUCGCUUUUUCGAUGGCGGGAGCUGAUAAAGAUAAUUUUCAGGAGAAGAAGUAGUAAAGCUUGGUCUCGGAGGUCUAAGAACCGUAUAUAGAUUAUUUUAUUGGUCAUUUAUAGUGUGAUCUGACCGUCUGUAUCACGAUGUCAACGCCGUCGGAUUCGCUCGUAUGUUCGAGAAGUCGUGUUUUAAUCUUUCUUGUCAUUGUCGCAACAAUUUUGCAUGCAGAUUGUAACAACAGGAUAAAUGAGCAAGUGCCGAGGACACGUCCAAGACGCCAGUCAUCAUCGUGCCAUCAGGAUGAGUUCGAGUGCGAUGACGGGUCUUGUAUACCCUCUUAUAGAUCCUGUGAUUGGUAUCUAGACUGUGCGGAUAGGUCAGAUGAAGGAAUCAAUUGCCAAUAUAAUGGAUUUGAAUGUAAAUCGGGUAAUAACAUGGUAUCAGUCGAGUGGAUGUGUGAUGGGUUCAACGACUGUGAAGAUGGCAGCGAUGAAGAAGAAGAAUAUUGUCGAGAUCAAGCAAAUGAAGUUUCCAAAAUAUGUCCUCGCAUCUCCUGUGACAAUAACAAAAGAUGCGUCCAAGAGAAGGAGUUAUGUGAUGGCGUCCAAGAUUGCUCCGAUGGGUUGGAUGAAAGCGAUGAAUUAUGCAGAGCAGGAAAAGGAAAGUGUUUUUCUUGUGAUGGAGGAUUGAAGUGUUUAGAAUGGGACUGGGUCUGCGAUGAGAUAGCUGAUUGUUCCGACAUGGCUGAUGAGCUUAGCGGAUGGUGUGGAACAGUAUUUCAGCGGUGUUGGAAGGGGUCGUACCUGUGUGGCCACACCCAUUUUUGUGUACCUCAGAGGUGGAGAUGCGAUAGCCAUGAUGAUUGCGGCGAUGACACAGAUGAAGAAGAUUGCCAAACUGAUAUUGCGUGGACGGGCUCGUUUGGGUGGUCAUCGUGGGGCGAUUGGAGCGAGUGUCAUCCCUCGUGUGGUCCCGGUAGUCGAUCACGGAGCCGUAUUUGCGAAUCACCCGCGGAGAGGUGUCUCGGUGAAAGCCAGGAAGACGAGGAGUGUCAACAAGCUGAAUGUGUCGAAGAAAAGGUUAUAGGAUGCGGGAUAAAGCAGCACAUUCAUUUCCGUGAUGACGGGUUAGCUCUGGCGGAGCGCGUGGUGGGAGGACAACCCACCGAUUCUGCAGGUGACUGGCCGUGGCAAGCUCAACUCUUCUACCAAACACGAGGGGAGUGGCGACCCGUUUGUGGCGGGACGCUGAUCGACCCACAGGUGGUUCUUACGGCAGCACAUUGCUUCAUGGGAUCCAUAGAAGACCUAAAAUCAUCGGACGAUGCAAGGAUGGCACCUUCCCGAUGGCAAGUUCAUCUUGGAAAACAUUCAAUCGACUUCGUCCCAGAAACCGGCAGCCAACACAGACUCGUCCGCGAGAUCAUCGUCCACAAGAAAUUCAACCAGAACGGUGGAGUAGGCGGUGACAUCGCCCUACUGCUUUUGGAUGAGCCGGUACAUCAGGAGACCGGUCAGAUUAACUGGGCUUGCUUAGAUGAAGGAAUGAAACUUAAUGCCAAGACAGAGUGCUAUAUAUCAGGAUGGGGAGUUACAGAAAUGGGAGGCAAAUCACCACAAGUGUUAAACGAGGCAAAGAUGCCUCUUAUCCCCCGCAGGAUAUGUAACUACAAGAAGUCUUAUAAUGGAAAGAUAGAGAGAACGAUGCUGUGUGCUGGUCAUAUGGAAGGUGGUAUCGACGCAUGUCAGGGUGAUUCUGGUGGACCCUUAUCCUGCCUGGGGCCUGAUGAUCAGUGGUAUGUGGUUGGUGUAACCAGCUGGGGUCACGGGUGUGCUAUUGCUAACAAACCCGGAGUAUAUACCAGAGUGUCAUCUUACCUCGAAUGGAUACAUGAGAUGCUUCACCAUCAUUUACAUCAUUAAUAAAAUGCAUGCUAUGUGAAAUCAAGUAUGAAAUCUUGUAAGAAAUUGUGUAUUACAGUCACAUGUAUGAAAUCAUGUGUGAAAUCUUCUAUGAAAUCAUUUUUCGAAAUUAUCUAUAAAAUCACGUUUUAAAUCUAUGAAAUGAAACCAUGUAUGAUAUCAUCUCUAAAAGCACAGCUGAAAUCAUCUAUGAAAUCAUAUAGCAUGUAAAAUAUCAUGUAUGAGUGUAGGAAGUCAUGUAAAAAUGUAGGCAAUCAUUCAGGAAAUAAUGUGAGAAAUUAGAUAUGGAAUGGGGUAUAAAGUCAUGCAUGAAAUUAAUAAAAGUCAUAUAGAAUAUGAAGUGAUGUAUGAAAUAUAUAUAGUGACUCAUUUAUGAAAUCACGUAUGAAGGACAUAUUAUGUAUCGAGCCAUUUAAUGAAGUAACACACCAACCUUUAAUUUAUCAUUCUAUUAAUAGUCAUCAGGAAGUAACCUUAAACAAGGUUUUGAAUUGAAUUUUUUAUUGCUAUUAGUUUAUUUUAGUUGUUUAAUAUAUUUUGAUUUCUUUUUUUAAAUUCAUCGUUCUUGCAUAAGUUUCCAUAUUUGAAUUUGAUUUUUUACAUCACUGUCAAUGGUUCUUUCGUCUUCAAUAAAUGUCCUCGAGGAUGACGAUAAAUAUUAUUCAUAUUUACAAUGAAUAUUGUACAAGUUUUAUAAUGAUAUUGUAAGGGAAAAAAUGAUUUGAGACAUACACUUUCAUGAUCGCUGCCUCCAAAACAAAAUGUUUCUUGUAUAUUUACAUUUGCACAUCGAUUAAACAAACUUGUUCAUUUGUUAAAGAAGCAUGUACAUCUUGUUUUAAUCUGAAUUUGUUAGCAGAUUUAAAGGUCCAGUUUAUCCCAGAAAAAUGUUGAUUUGAAUAAAUACAGGAAAAUCAAACUAGCCUAACGCUGAAAAUUUCAUCUAAAUCGGAUGUAAAGUUUUGCUUGCUUUUCAGUUUUCACACAACAGUUAUAAUUUUAUGCACAACUCAGUGACAUGCAAAUGAGACAGUCU